UGUGGGCUGUUGCGACACCGGCAUAGUAUUUGGUGGCAACAGUGCCUUGUAACUGAGUGCAAGGUAGCAUCACUGCUCCUUUCAUCUGCAUCACUGCAUUAUAUUUGCCAAAGGGUUCUGGGCUUGCAAUGUGUGUGGGGACCUGUGCUCGAGUCCUGGGUCCAUGUCUCCUUACCUUGGGCCUGCUUUCCAUCCUUGCCAACAUUCUCCUACUCUUCCCCAGUUGGGAAUGGCGCUACCUCCACAUGGGCCUAAUCACUAAGAAGGCGAUGCAAAUGCCGGGAGUCUGGGGUGGAGGACUGUUGGUCUUUCCCGCUGCAGUUCAGAUCACAGGUGUUGGGUGGAGAUGGAGUUGUUCCAACACCUCUGGAACUUGCCGCAAGAUGUUUGUCUCCAUUUUAUUAUCAGGACUGGCCUUACUGGGAUCAGCUGCUUGCUUUAUUUUGUCUGGGGUAGGCUUGACAGAGGGACCCCUCUGUCUCUACGUUUUCACCAACGGCAGGAGGAAGAUGCAGCUGUGGGAUUAUCCAUUCCUUAAUCUUGAUAAUGGGGACAUGAACAACAGGACUCCUCGGAAUUACUUGUAUGAUCCUUCCCUUUGGACCUCAGUUUGUAUCGAGCCACAUAAUGUUGUCAGCUGGAAUGUCUACUUCUUCUCUGCCCUCCUUCUCAUCAGUGUGGUUGAGAUGGUCCUGGCUGCUCUCCAGAUCAUCAAUGGCUUUUUUGGAUGUGUCUGUGGCUUAUGUGAAAAGAAGCUCAAUGCAUAGCUGAGUCCUCUGUUGUCUGUGAAGAACAGUGCGGCUGCUUGCCAGAUGGGAAUAAUCAGCCAUCACCCACCCAUCAGUGGAAGGUAUGGAUCACUCUCUUCCUUGGGAAUCUGUCAGCCCUCCCAGGGAAUAUGGAACCACGGCCACUGCGCCACGGAGUUAAGAAGUUGAUGAGGUUAC